AUGUUAAAGUUUAAUUCUUCUUCAAUGUCUCGUCGAGGUGCUAUUGAUCAUAAUAGUGGUAGUGGUGGUAGUGGAUCUUCAUCAUCAUCUUCGGAAGGGAAAUUACUUCAUCUCUUAUUACGAAAGUUGAAUUAUGGUGAUUUGGAAACAUAUCCUUCAUCAAAGGAAGAAGGCUUUAAUUUACCAGUGGACCCGAGUGUUCUUGAUUGGAUUUUUCAUUGCAAUGAAACAUCAACAAGUUUUAUAUUAAAAUUAUGUAAUAUUAUUAAAUCAGAAUCCAUGAUCUUGACAGAGAAUGAAAUUAAAGAGUUUGAAGAAUUGGAAAAACAAGGAAGAAUAUUACAUGGACAUGAUUUGGAACAAGCACUUGAAUUGGGUGAUGAUUUUUAUAGAAAUAAAGAUGAAACUCCUAUUGAAGAUUUAGAGAAGGAGUUGGAAUUAUUGAAUGAAGAAUUGGAUAUACUGGAAAAUCAAUUAGAAAAGAAAAAAAUUCAAAAAGAUAAAUUAAAACAUUAUUUUGAAAAGUUGGGAGAAAAACAAUUAAAGAAUGUUCAAUCUAUUUCAAUGAAAAAUUUGGAAUUUACUAGAAUACUGACUCAAGUUAAGAAUAGUGUUGAAGAAUAUGUGAAGGCGCUUUCUAAUCAUUCUCUCUUAAAUUUAACUGAAUUGAAUUUAGAAAAUGAUGGAAUGGUUGAAGAAAAUCUGAAACAAUUAAUGGAUAAAUUUAAUGAAAAUGAUGCUGGUGAGGAUAAUUUAGAAAAGCACUCCAAGGAAUUGAACAGAUUAUCAUCCAUAUAUAAAACAACGGAGGAACAAUAUUUAACAAGUUUAACGUCAUAUAAAAAGUUACAGGCAUCAUUAGAAAGUGCAAAUAAUCAAAAAGAACAUUUACAUAAUUAUCAACAUUUGGAUAUUUCUACAAUAAUUGAGAAUAUUGAAAAGACUAAGAAACAGGUAGCUAAUUUGAAAUCAAUUGUUUUACAAUAUAUAACAAAUGAUAUACCUAUUCUGGUAAAGGAUUUAACAGAAUUGAAUUCUGUAAAUGUAAUUAAUCAAGAUUAUAUUAAGAAAAUAGAUUUUGAACAAAAAAGAAAUGAAGAAUUAAACAUGAUAGUUAAUCAUGUACUGACAAGAUAUUCAACUCUAAGGUUGUUAAACGAAUGUUUUAAUAUGGAAUAUACAAAUAUUUAUAAGGACUAUUUAUUAAUUAACUGUAUAAUAAUUGAAUUAAAUGAAAUUUUACAAGGAUUUGAAACUAGAUUAUACCAUUAUCAGAGAUUGAGUGAAAUUCAGUUGAUUGAUAAGCAACAAGAAGAAUUAUCAAAUUCGGAGGAUGUAUCGUCAUCACUCUACUCGAUACAUUCAGAUUUGAAUUCAAUUUUAUCAAAUGAUUUUCAGAAUUUUAUUUCGAAUUCUCCUUUAAAAACUCAAAAUUUAUCGGAAGCUCUACGACAUACUAUUAAUGAAACUAAAAAGGAGAUUCAUGCAUUAAAAUUAGAAUUGAAUUUAAUGAUUGGGAAAGUAUUAGAGAAGAAUAUUGAAUUAGAAAAAUGUCUCUUCCAUAGUGAGAUUGAUUUGAAUAAUCCUAAUAUUGUUCCUCAAUUAAUUUCUAAAGAUAUUAUGGAACAAUUACAAUUUAUCAAGACACAAACCGAUGAUUUGAGUAAUGUCAUGAAACGAGUAUUAGAGCAACAAGCUCAAACUCAACACUUAUUACAAACUGAUGAAUUUAUUAGAAACGAAAGAGAUAUUUCAAAAGUUUUUUCAAAGAUUUAA